CGCUGCACUUGGCACCACUGCCCGCUUUGCUGCCCGGCUUGCAAUCUCUUCGUACUCCAGCAUGCUGUCCAGUUUCUUCAACUGACCCCUGGCCACCCGGUAAACGCUCCGUCUCGUUCAUCUGGGCUCCUGGCGCUAACCGGUGCGCGCUAACCCCUUCGAUCACCGUCCUCAUGAAGAACCGGUCAUGUGUCACCGCCAGCAGCGCUCCGUCAUACUCCUUCAGUGCCUUGAUGAGUCCCAGGAUCGUGUCUGCGUCCAGGUGUGUCGUCACCUCGUCCAGAAUCAACAGCUGCGGCGGCGGCCACAGCAGCUUUGCCAGGCACACGCGAACCUUCUGCCCUCCUGACAGCAACCCCAGUGGUACAUCCGACACCGUAUGACCCUGCAAACCCAGGCUUCCCAGCAACUGUCUCGCCCAUCGCUGAGACCUCCUCUACAGACUGCUGCGAGAAUCGUCCAAAUCUAGCCCGCGGGUGUCGGGUGAUGGUGCCCGCAGUCGGUAUCAAUCCCCCUUCCACCGCGUCAUCCCCGCUGCCCAUAAUCAGGGACACCAAUGUUGUCUUCCCUGACCCGUUGAGCCCUGCCAAUCCGACACGCUGGCCUGGGUGGAUGCUAAGGUUGACGUCGUUAAGCACCGAAACUUUCUUUUUGCUGGGAUAGGCAAAAGAUACUUUCUCCAAGCUGACUAACGCCCCUGGAAACCGAAGAUCGGGAGGCUGCCGAGGGAACGUCAUCUUCACCGGCGCGUCAAAGUCUGGGACAUCAAUCUCUGCUCUCCUACUCAGGUGGUACCCUCCCAGAUCGCGGUUGAGUUUGAAGCGUCCACCCUUGAGACCGACCUCCAUGCCCAUACGCUCGUCUAGUUUCUUCUUACGCGAAGCCGCUUGUUUGAGCUUCUUGUCAUCACCCUUGUCGCGGGCCGCCUUGAUGUUGUUAGCUACUGUCUUCUCCAUGUGUUUCUUCUGUUUUUCUUGUGCGUCUCUCAUCUUGGUGAGGUGUCGAGCUUUCUUGUGUCGUUCGAGCUCGUAGAGGCUGAGGUUGCCCCGGAAGGUCUCGAACGUCUGGUUGCGAAGCACAAUGAGCUCCUCCGCCACCGCGUCGCCAAAGUCGCGGUCGUGAGUGGUGAUCAAGACCGUAGUGCCAGUGAGGUUGUGAAUGUAGUUCUGUAGCCAGAUAAUCGAAGGCAGAUCCAGGAAGUUGGUAGGUUCGUCCAGUAGCAGUACGUCGGCGUACUGUGAGAGAGCGCAAGCUAGGUCGCAUCUUGUCCUCCAGCCGCCCGAGAGUUCACUCAUGGGUCGGUCAAUCCUCUCUUGCUUGAAUCCCAGGCCGAGUAGCACGCCUGUAGCCUUCUUCUCUGCCGCGGACGCAUCCAUCAAUUCAAGUGUAGCUUGAAUGCCCGCCAGCAUCUCCGCCGCAGCACGCGUCUCUUCGCUCAGUACGGUAGGAUCAAUCUCGCUCUCCUCUUGCAGAACUCUUGCCUUCGACUCUUCGAAUCGCUCUUCAAACUUAACCAACUCCUUCCUCGCCAACUUGCCCCUCGCACCACUCCGCCUCUCAGCAAUCCUCUGCGCCUCCUCUAGCCGCCUCCCCAACCGCUCUUGUUCAAUCACUCGCACUGUUUCUUCCUCUGUCCCAUGCUCCUCCUUCUCUUCCGGCCCUACCUCCCGUGUCUGCCCCAGUAGUAGAAUCCGCGAACUCCAUGGGAUCCCCGGGAUGAGCCCUUCGCCCAUGGCCUUCAACAAUGUCGAUUUUCCCGUGCCGUUGCGUCCAACUAGUACGUAGUGUCUUCCCUCGACUAAAUGAAGCGUUGCGUGGCUGAGGAGCUCGCGAUUUGCGACGCUAAUUGAUAAGUCUUUGACCAUGAUCUU